GAGGAUAGGAGAUGGCAGCAACAGCUGUUCACGCUGUCCAAGGCUGAGAAGAAGAAGUUGAAGGAAGAGAAGGGAAAAGAGAGGGCGAAUAAAAAAAAGUGAGGUCGAUGCUGCAUGUGGAUGUCAUCGGUGAGGAGAUCUUUCCGCGAUUGGAGGGCGGGGGGACGCGAUGAACGUUGUGCAACGCGGUGGCUGGGGCGAGGUCGGCGAUACAAGAAUAGUCCUUCAACCUCAUAGUCGAUAUAGCCCAGUGCUUUCAUUGCGGUUCAUGGUGCUUGAAACCAACUCGGAGCAUUCCUGCAUUGGUGCGUCACUGUCGCGUCCUUGCAUAAUGCUGUGUCACCGUCCGGUGAGGACUGUCCAGCGAACCCCAAAACGAACCGCCACCCCGUGUCAACAGACCCUAGCUCUCCACAGACUCGCAACGUUCUUGUUAUCAGUUCGCAGAAGUGUUUUUACUCCUCGCCAAAGCGCGAGACGCGCAACGGACCACAUCACCUCUGUCCACUGGGCAGACGCCUUGCGUGCUGCGAAUCGUAAUUACACAAGUAAUGCAUAUAUCCAACAACAUCCACGCCAUGCAAAGCUCCCUACGCGUCAUACGUCAAACGUCUUCGAAGAACUCCAAAAGGCCCCCCAAACCGCGACCAAUGUCAAAACGGCCCUCACCUCCGCGGUCAAAGCCGAAACCGAACCGCAAGACCAAGCCCAACUUCGAUUUAAGCGGCUAUUCGAAGGAAGAGUCCAUGAUGUGGAUUCACGCCAUACUCCCCGGAGUUCUAAGCGAGCAUUGCGGAAGAGCUUCGACAGGUUGAGGAGGUGGAUAUGGAGAGGAAGAGAGAGGAAGAGAGAGGAGGAGGAUGGGAGGUCUGGUUGGUGCUUUAGUCUAGUGGAUGUAAUUACAUUGGGUUUCUUUGCGGGUUGGUAGGGGGACAGGAGCAGCUAAGGCGGUGGGCUGGUGGAAAAUGGACCGCGGUCAGGGUGGAGAAGUCUGGUGCGAUAUCAGUGCAGUCUUUUCUCUUCCUCAUCGUCUUUCUAUCUUCGAUGGAACCAUCCUAGAAAUAAGCGCAUAGACACUUUUCCCCGAGACGCACGUUGUUGGUCGAGGUGGCGAAACACGGCAAGAACAUUGUGCAACAGCAGAGGCACGAGUUUUAGUGAUCCCCUCUCUUGCUUUUCCGUCUUUGCCCUCGGUCCAUCAUAUGCUUCUCCAAUUACCUUAGAGCUUUACUCCGCAAUUACCGACUAUACGAUGAUCGGAAUUCUUUUCACUGCCCUCUAAUC